CGUUGCGUUUCCACUCUAGCGAGCGACGCAACGCCAUCGUUUCCCGAUUCGACUAAGCGUUCCUGGUACCUGGAAUGUCUGGAGUGAGAGCAGGUGCUUCCUUUCUUGCUUUCCGAUCCAUCGACCGGCCUGCCGUAUGCGUAGCGUACUCUACAACACCUUCUUCAUCAUCGUCAUCCUCUUCUUCUUCUCAUUCUCCUUCUUCUUCCUCUUCCUCUUCUUGCUCCUCCUCGUCUCGAGCUCGUCACGAGCCUCGCUUGUGUUGUACUAGUUAUACGCUCCACGCAUACGCAUCCGAUCCCACUCCCCCGCCUCGAGCUCUCGCGUGGGAGGAGACGAAGGAGGGACUCGACCACGAGCUAAGAUACGGGAUGUUCGGCGAUGCUGAGGCUGACAUCACGGUGUUGACGGAUCAUGAUCGCAUCGAUGUCGCACUGCGGCUGCGAGUGGUAGCGGACUUGCUUUACAAUUGGGGCAGUUCGAGUCCUCUGCUGCCACGGCCAAUGCCUGCUUGCUUCUUGCUUGUACUGCACGACACGGCAGGGUCGACAAGGAGAGUACUAUAGGUACCAUGUGAGUAGUAGUGCACCUACAUACUCGGCCUUUCCUCUGCUCUACUCCACUCUACUCUAG